AUGGUCGGUAAAGGGAAAAACCUUGGUUCAAAUGCUAAAAGGAGAUCUCAUAGCAGCAAAGCAGGUCUCAAAUUUCCAAUGGCUCAUAUUGCCCAAUUCCUCAAAGUCGGGAAAUAUGCCAAACGUGUUAGUGCCGGAGCACCGGUAUUCCUCGUUGCUGUGCUUGAGUACCUUGCAGUUGAGGUUCUUGAAUUGGCUGGAAUUGCAGCGAGGAAUGAGAAAAAGACUCGUAUCACUCCAAGGCAUAUUCAAUUAGCUAUUAGGUUUGAUUAGGAGUUGUAUCAAUUUCUUAGAGAUGUGACCAUUCCGAAUGGUGGUUUUAUUCCAAAAAUUAUGAAAUUUUGCUGCCUAACAACAAUAGUAACACUUCAAAGGCUGUUGUUCUUGUUGCUCAGGAGGGAGAGAAUUAGACUGAUUAUUC